AUGGCACUUUCGAUGAAUUCGUCAGGGAGCAAUAUGACUCCUAGUUCGGUAGACGAGCAGGACUAUCUGGAUUAUUACGACUCUAGUAUUCAUAACUAUCCAUUGGCACUACAGGCACAGCCGUUUAUACAGGUAGUGACCAAAAUUUCUGUGUAUGCUAUUAUCAUACUGACCGCCCUGGUAGGAAAUCUUCUCGUUAUCCUAGUGGUGGUCAAAAACAAAAGAAUGAGGACAACCACCAACUAUUUUAUCGUUAACUUGGCAGUGUCCGAUCUUAUGGUCAUCGUCUGGUGUUGCUGGGUGUAUCUUGUCGAUGACCUGUCCGAAGGAUGGAUUCUAGGAAGUUUCUUCUGUAAAUUUAACAGCUUUGCUCAAGUGACGUCACUGAUCGCCAGUAUUUUGUCCCUCACAUUGAUCGCUGUGGAUAGAUUCUUUGGCAUUGUGUUCGCUAUGAAGGCUCACAUAAUAGAACGACGUGCUUGCCAUUCCUUAGUGGUGAUAUGGGUGAUUUCUAUCAUUGUUGGAGCGCCACUGCUCUACAUCCGGCAAGUGCACGAGCGACAUUGGAAGGAUCACGUGGAACGUUGGUGCGACGGAGAAUGGCCGUCUGUCCAAUAUGGCGUCAGCGCUGACAAUAAAACCUUGUACUAUCGUCCAGCACGAGUGGCCUAUUGGACGUUUGUGUCACUAAUGCUGUUCAUCAUUCCUAUUCUUGCCAUGUUUGGUGCUUACUGUGGUAUAAUGAAGACUCUCUGGUCAGCUAGGGCACCGGGAGAAAGACUUAAAGGGGAAAUCAAAGUCCAAACGAAAAUGAAAAGAAAGGUGGUAAUCAUGCUGGUUUUCAUCUUAACCAUAUUCACAAUCUGUUGGGUCCCACUAAUUGUAGCCAUUCUUUAUGCCGAAUACAGACCCGAACAACUUGAACGGAUGGGACCAUGGUACGCCAAAUUUACAUUCUUUGCAAAAACGUUUGCGUUCUCUAACAGCGCUAUCAAUCCACUGGUGUAUGCAGGAUUCAAUGAUAAUUUUAGACAGGGAAUUGGUUCCAUAUUUGGAUGUUACAAAAAGCAAAGAUGGACGAUGGCCCGCAUUGACUCGUUUCGUUCAACAACUACAACAAGUACCCGGAUAUUUCAUUUCCGCGUUUCGUAAGAUCUGUUUGAUAGAAUCUGUUACCGACUCUGUACUUUUA